AUGAGCGCCUUCGGCGGCCCCGGCGGCCGCGUCCAGAUCCAAAAACCCACGCCACCCGAACGCGGCUCCUUCCCCCUCGACCACGACGGCGAAUGCAAGUCCGUAAUGACGACCUACCUGCGCUGUCUGCGGCAGCACCGCGGCACCAACGACCCAGAGUGUCGCGCGCUCUCGAAGCAGUACCUGCAGUGCCGCAUGCAGCACAACCUGAUGGCGCCGGACGAGAUGCGGAAUCUUGGGUUCGCGGAGGAUGAGCCUGCUGGUGGGGCGGAGGUGAAGGAGGGUGUUAGCGGUGGGGAUAAGCGGUGA